UAAUCUAUAUUGCUGGUAAAAUGUAUUGUAUUAUUCUUUACAUAUGUUGUUAGGAAGCACUAAAUAAGAUAUCUGCUUUACACUACGAGUUGAAAUUUAAGGAUCCUGAUAAUUUUUCAGAUAGGUAUAAAUGACUACUUAAUCCUAAGAUAAGAGUGAUAACAAAAUUUAACAGUCGUCUCUAUUUAACAGUAAAAGUUUAACACUUGUUUUAUUAUUAUUAUUUUUUUACAUUUAUAUACAGAUUCUCGCAGACAGCGUCUAUAAUAGAAAGGAAUUUAUCUGUUUUCAAAUCUGCUUGUGAUCAUGUGGAUAUAGUUACUACUAUUCUUAAUUACUUGUACACUGUCGGUGUGAAAUUGAUGAUUAACGAUAAAUGCACUGCUGAUGACCUGAAUAUGAUAUAUAUAAUGUAUAUUGUAUGUAAAGAAUCUGAGAUUCCAUGCUUUUUGAAAGCGGCCCUUAUCAAUAAUUCAAAGUGGGAAAGUGUAGAUCACUAUCAUAGACCAUUAAUUUCAAAUUGCGUCUAUGAAAUGAUCGUGCUAGACGAUUCUGACUUGCAUGCAGUUAUUAGUUAUUUGAGGAUUACACCUUCUUUGCUGUUAAAGAUAAGGAAAAUUUUUGUCCAAGAAUCAAUAAAACAGAAAUUUUUAUGGAUCCUAAAAAAAAAUUUUCAAAAUUUUUAUACAUUCUUGGAUUUGCAUAUUUCUACAUUUCGUACAAGGAAAGAAUUACAUUCCUUAUCUUUAUAUACUGUAAGUCUGGCGUCAAUCAAAAUGGUAUCUAUAUGGUCAGAAGAUAUUACAGCUGCAAAAGAAUUAGCAAGUACAUUACGUACAGAUAUUACAUUUAUAAAUGCGCACUUCGAGUUUUGCCCCGAUAUCAAGUUUUCUUGGAAAUGGUCGUCUUCUAUGUUUGAUUUGUAUAAAUAUUUUGUCUGGGAUGAUCUUAAUUAUGGAGAUAAGAUUGAUCCAAACAAACAUGUAGGAUCAGUUUACAAUCUUUUUUAUAAUGGCGGAUGGCAAAAGCCUGUAAAGAAUGGAUAUUGGGUACAUAAUGGCAAUACAUAUGCAAAUGCAACAAAGGAAGAUAUGUUGAGUUGCGUAAAAUCAGCCGAAGAAGCAUCCAAAAGUUGGAGUAUCUUGCCUAUUGUUUCUAGAAGGAAAAUAUUAGAGAAUCUUGCAACUACAUUAGAAUGUCAUGGGUAUUAAUUUACUAGAAAAUUUUCACAUAUUUUUCAA